AAUAGGUUAGAAUAAGACGGCCGAAUCCGAAUCCUGAAGCGUCCAAUUCAAGCAAUGGAGUACUUUAGUAACUUAGUUCUCUGGUUUAGUGUGCGCCGAUCAGGCCGAUCUGCUAAUUAACGCUUGCCUUGUAAUGACAUGUAUGAUACUCAGCAGCUCUUGUGCACGAGGGGCUCAAGAGUCCGAUUUGAAUGCGCCGCCUGCUAAGAUGAACCACCGCCGCUUUCGGGCCGUGCUGAAGAAGCUCAGGAGAAAGAAAAUUCGCCAGAAAGCUGCGCAGGAGAGGGACCGUCUUCUUAAAGUUGAAGUAGAAGAGGUGGCCGUGUCAUUGGGCCAGGAGGAGCAGGAACAGAAAGAACGAGAGAGGCAGCAUGUGCUUUGGCUGGAACGGGAAGCGGAAGCACAACGAGAGUUCGAGCUGCGUUGCCGCCUGGAGCAGGAGCGUGCAGCCUUGCUCGCCGAACGCAGCAAUACAACUAAGGCCACUGAGAGCCUGGAACAAGUGCUUGCACAACUGCCCAAGGUUUCUUCUCGUCCAGCAACACCUCAGGAGGAAAGUUGGCACAAUCCACCAGCUCCUCGAGCUUAUGCACCGGCUGAGCCAUGUCCCUUCUACCUCAAGACGGGUGCCUGCCGCUUUGGUGACUGGCAAGUUCCCAUUUCAUCUUGUUCGCUAGCUAUCAGGUGCUCACGGUCGCACCCUCGUCCUGCUGUAAGCCGCACGUUGCUCCUGCGGGGCCUGUACAGCCACCUUUCCCUGGAGCAGCUCCACAGUGACGACAGCCUCGAGACAGAUGAACGUGAGCUGCAGGCGCAUUUUGAGGCCUUCUUUUGGGACGUGCUCCAAGAACUGCGCCGUGCUGGCACUGUCUGCCAAGUGCGUGUGUGUCGAAACAUUGAGCCACAUCUCCGCGGGAAUGUUUACGUCCAAUAUUCCAGUGAGGAGGAGGCCCAGCAGGCACUGACCAUGCUCAAUGGUCGAUGGUACGCGGGACGCCCAGUCAGCUGUGAGUUCAGCCCCGUCGAUCGCUGGAAGACGGCCAUCUGCGGCUUGUUCUUCCGCCGUACCUGUCCCAAGGGUCGUAGCUGCAAUUUCUUGCAUGUUUUCCGCAACCCAACUGAUGAAUGCUGGCAUGAGAGCAGGUCUCCGCCACCACAGCGCCGUCAUCCCCAGAGCUCUGGAACCAAAAAAAGAAGACGAUCCAGGUCUCCACACGGAUCACAUAAGAGAUCGCGUACCACUAGGUCAAGGUCAAGAUCAAAGACGCGAAAAAAACGGCAUCACCACAAAUCUCGUUCCAGGUCCAGGAGCAGGUCUAAGAUAUCACCUGCACACUCUCCACAGUCAAAGCAUCGUUAGGGAUUUGAGUGGGACAUGCAAAAGGUACAUUUAUUGUUACACCUUAAGUGCAUUCAUGUUUAUUCUUUCAGAGUACUGGGGAUUUGUGUUCAAAUUGCUCAAUUCAUCUGCCUUCAAAAGCAAUUAGAAAAUCUGAUACAAGCAGCUGUUGAAAUUACCUUAGAAGUCUGCUGUCGAGUGAAACGGUAUGGAAUAUUUCCUGAGAUGUCUCGUCAGACAGCAAUGAAAUAAACUGUACCAAUUGGUGUCAA